UGUGUUUAUGUCAACACAACAAUCCGAAUUCAAACGUGGAAGUAUGAAAACUUCAAAAAAUUUGAUAAAAUGUUCAUUUGGAAAAGAUAAUUCGCUCCUUCGUGUUAUCUUUAGGGUUUUAACGCAAAUUUCUUUGAGUUUUUUGGUGUGAAACUAUUAAAAUUAUAAAGAAGAUUCAACAUUGUAAACUACGAUCAUUCAAUAGUAUUCUCGGUGCAAAUACUUUUUUAAUUAAAACUGGUAAAUUUUGUUUGAAUAAACAAUAAACUUUCAAUAAAGUGUCUGGUGAUUUGUACAAACAAAAAAUUGCUUUGUGUUUGACAUUGUCCUCAGGCAAAAAAGGUUUUUUUACAUAAAGAUACCUGAAUCAUAAACUAAGUACUUACUUAAGAUAAUCAUACAAAAAUAUUACAUAAAAGCUGUUUAUUAACUGUGAAGUGCUGUGUGAUAUCGGGACAAAUGAAAAAAAUAUUGAUUUAAACAUGGUGUCAUAUGGAAUCCUGUUUCUUGGGCUGUUCAUCCUAUUCUUCACGAACGAAGUCUGUUUACUGGAGAACGGUUUAGCAAAAACUCCACCGAUGGGAUGGAUGUCAUGGGGCUAUUACAUGUGCGCGGAUAAUUGCUCUGCCAAUCCUGACCGGUGUUUGAAUGAGGAGCUAAUAAUGUCGGUGGCGGACGCGUUCUACAACGAGGGUUACCAGGAGGCGGGGUAUGAGUACAUCAUCAUCGACGACUGCUGGUCGGAGAGGCAGCGCGAUGAGAAAGGAAGACUAGUGCCUGACCACAAAAGAUUCCCAAGAGGCAUGAAGUUUUUAGCUGAUUAUAUCCACGGUAAGGGUUUGAAGUUUGGCAUGUAUCUGAACAUUGCUGUGGACACGUGCAUGCGGUAUCCAGGGUCGAGGGGUCACUUCAGGGUGGACACGAAGAGCCUCGCAGAGUGGGACGUGGAUUACGUCAAAGUCGACGGAUGCUUCGUCGAAGAGGAAUAUCUUGAUAUUGCAUACAUAAAACUCGGACACUAUUUGAACAAAACCGGACGUCCUAUGGUGUAUUCUUGCAGUUGGCCGUACUAUAAGAAGUACAUACACAAACAUGAGCCAGUUUACUCCCAAAUAGUCCCGAUUUGCAAUAUGUGGCGCAACUACCACGACGUAGCGGUCAAGUGGGGACACGUCAGGUACAUAUACAAGUUCUACGAGGGCAUGGCCACCGAAAUCGGAAAGUACCACGGGCCGGGCCACUGGAACGAUCCUGAUAUGCUAAUAGUGGGUACAAACGCUCUAAGUCCAAAUCAGAACCGUAUCCAGAUGUCGAUAUGGGCGAUGCUCUCGGCGCCGCUCAUCUUCAGCUGCGACAUGAAACAGGUGACUGCUGACGAGCGCAGGCUGCUGCAGAACCUGCAGCUCAUCGCCGUGGCGCAGGACCCGCUCGGCAGGAUGGCCACCCCACACAAAAUACAACGUGACGUCACGAUAUGGGUGAAGUUGCAUCUACCCUCGAAAGGGGACAUGUUUUAUUCGUAUUCGUUUGCGAUAGUCAACUUGGGGACGACGUCUGUCUCUGUCACUCUGAGGCCCAGACGGUAUGGGCUCAACUCCACCGACGACUAUACUGUUAUGGAUGUAUUUUCCGGGAAUAUGUUAAAAAAUAUGUCAGCGUACGCGUCAAUGGAGGUUAUUGUGCCCCCGGAAGAUGUAAUUAUGUAUUCAUUAUUCCCGUUAUAAAGGUAAAAUUGAACCUUUAUAUAAUGAGAUUCUCGGUAAAUGUGUUCCUAAUUAAUAAAUUAUUUCUGUUAAGUUA